AGAUUACAUUAUUUUUUUAAUAGGUAUAGCGCACGAUGAAGGCAUAUGGUAGAAAAUGAUGAAUGACAAUGGCAAGUUUGUUGAUAGUAUAGUUGAUGGACAUCUUUCUGUUAAACCGACAGGGACCAUAGCUGCUCUCCUACCCUGGCCUAAGAAAUGGAUAUCAUGUGAUCUGAUCGACGGAUUGCUGCGUAUUUACAACAAAGAGGCUGACGAGGAGUGCCAAACUGUGAUACACUUACCUGGCUCUGAGUUUGCUGUAGACUCUAAAGAGCCGCUCCAGUUCUCGGUGGAUGUUAAACAUCCUCAGGUGGAGCAACAUCACUUCAGAGCAGAAAGUAACCAGGACUACACACUGUGGAUAGACACAGUGCGCGCGUGUGGCGCUUCCUCGCGUUCCACGCGGCGCACCCUCUCCUCCACCACAAGUUACAGCUCGCGCAGUUCCCUCAUCAGUAGGUGUAGUAGUACGGACACUGACGCAGGGAACUGUAAUGGGGAUCAGAUCGACGGGAUUACUAGGAGACUACAGUCACUAGAGGAGAGUGUUUACAGUAGUGAGGAGUUUAUUUCAGAUAGUAAUCAGACGAGACUGUCAGCUCUUCAGCAAGAAGUGGAAACACUAAAGAAGUCGCUAGAAAAGUCGAGCUCAGUUUCACAGCGCACUUCACUGGAAAGACACUUCUCUAAUAAUUCAGACAAGGACAAGAUCGACAUCUUGGACGAGGACCCAAUGCAAAUGAUAUUACCAUCGUACACUAAUGAAGAGAUGACGUAUGAUUCUACUCUCAAAGUAAAGCACAGUCUAGAGGUCGCUCAGCAGAUGUGUAUUAACGCGAGGCAGUGGGAAACCAGAUAUCUAAGGUUGAGUUUACAGUAUCUCAAACUUCAAACAUUCCUCCAGCACAUAGAUUCAGGCUUUAUGCAGCACAGCUCAAUCUCAGAAUACGUCGAGUCAAAUCACAUGGAGAACAUUAAAACAAUCGCCGAGUUUACUGACUGUCAAGUUCCAUUAACUGAAGGAAACUCUGCUAAUUUCGUGGACCAUCUGGGUUUUAGGACGGAACUAGAAGGAUCGGGAAUGUUUAUGAGGUACAUGUGUCAGGAGCGGCUGCAAGACAACAUCCUCACUAAACUUGAACCUACUGACACCCUUUUUGUGAGGUGGACUAAGUUGCUAGAAAAGACAAAUGAUUCAAUAAAGUGUUCCAAAGAAAGCAAAGAAUUGUGUAGGCAGGGAGUUCCAGGGAAACUGCGAACACGGAUUUGGAAUGCCUUUAUCGACUAUCGGUGCUCUAAACUUAUGAAAUUGAAAGGCCCGAAAUACUACCAAUCGUUAGUGCAAAGCCCAGAAAUAUCUCCAAGUGAUAAACAAAUAAGCUUGGACCUUCACAGAUCCUUUCCAAAGAAUGUCCAUUUUAGCGGUGACCAGGGAACCAAGGUGCCAGUGCUUCAACGAGUUUUAGUAGCGUUCAGUCUUCACAAUAAAGCAAUCGGCUACUGUCAGGGAAUGAACAUGAUAGCGGGGAUGUUGCUGUUUCACCUAGAGGAAGAGGCCGCUUUCUGGGGUCUAGUAGCUAUUCUGGAGAUGAUAAUGCCCUCAGGCUACUACAACACCGAUCUACUCGCUGCCAGGGCCGACCAGAUCAUAUUUCAAGAGUUAGUUGAGGCGAAGUUACCCUGUCUAGCUGCCUACCUCAAACACCACGAUAUCGACUUGUCUCUCUUCUCCUUCAACUGGUUCAUGACAAUCUUUAUAGACUGUCUCCCAAUCAGUGCUGUUAUCAGGCUCUGGGACUUGUUCCUUUUGGAGGGCCACAAAACUCUCCUCAGAUUCUCUCUUUCUCUUGUUAAACUCCACGAGUUCUCUCUAAUGCAGCACCAUGACUCUGUUUCUAUAUUCAACAUGUUUAGGAGCACCGCCAGAUCAUUUUACGACAGCAACUUGAUAAUAAAGUUAGCGUACACGGAGUUCAAGCCGUUUCCAAAGCGGAGCGAACUGUUUAGAAGACACUCCGAGAAGUUGGGGGAUCUGAGGACGGAGCAUGCUGAGAAUGAGAGGCAGUGGAGGGAGAGACAGCAACUACCAGAGUCAGUGGACAGAGACACGUGGGCCAUAGUUCCAGCCGAGCAGAGUCUCUACCCUGUCUGUAAACCCAGCACGUGCAUCCAGCACGCCGCGCAGCACGACCAGGCUUUGUGGGCGGUACAGUCGCGCCCUACUGCAGGUGUUGUUCUGUUGCGGAUAGAUCUGGGAUGUGAGGAGGAGGAAGGGAGAGCUAGUGUUGUGGAGAGGAGUGAGUGUGUGGACAGUAGGAUCACGUGCUGUGCUCACGUGACUGCCGGGUUUAUCCUGCUGGGAACGGCUAACGGUUACGUCAUCACCCACCACCCCACCACUCUCCUCAAGCUCAACACCACCUGGGUCAUGGACUGUGUGCUGGGGAUUGUGGAGUACCACCAGCAGGUUCUGGUGCACCUCACUAACGGCUCCCUGGUCAGGUUUGAGGGAGUGACGGAGAGUGGGCUUUACUCUCCCAGUAUUCUAGAUAUCAGCACUAGUCCUCUCAGGACGGGGCUUGUAGUGAAAAGUGUGCCUCGAGAGGACGGGGUCAGGGAUGAAAUGUGGUGCAGCAGUGGAAAUGCUCUCUUCUUCGUGGAUUUGAUUUCUUGGUCUGUUUCUGAUAAAAUGUCUAUUUCUUCACUGACAAACACUCAGAUCCACCGAAUCGUGGCUUAUUCUCCGAGAAUUGUUUUCAUUUCAGUUCACACCACCAUAUCAGUGUGGGAUAUCAGUAAGAAAACCUGUUUAAGUUCCCACGACUGCAGCUCCGUGUUCCUUCCUCCUCCCUCUAUGAAAUCAAUGUCAAAAUCAAUGUCGUACCAGGGAGUAAAGAUGUCGAUACACUCCUUAUUCUACGACUCCAACUCCAGUACGUUCUGGGUAGGAACAAGUCACGGACACGUCCUGAUAUACGAUGUGAACAACCUCCCCCCAGAUAGCGAGUGUUCGGACGGGGAUGCCAGUGUGACUGUCCUGAGCAGCGAGCCCCCCUUCACCACCCUCCCUAGCACCAGCCCCUCCUCCUCAAGCUCAGGAGCUAAACCUCUAGCUGAACACGACCUCAGUGUGCAAUUUCUGGAGGACGAUGUGUCUCUCGUGGCCUCUCAGCUCGACCUCAAACACGGCUGUAUGGACGCCUCUUUAGUUCUCAUAGCAGAACCCCACAACCCAUGCGAUCUGAGCUUCCCAGGAGAGGUAAACUUAAAUAUCCCUCGACUGAGAAAGGACACGUGCCAGGAGUAUGACGUUAUGGAGGGAGAGGUAAAGUUGGAUAUCCCUCGACUAAGAAAGGACACGUGCCAAGAGUAUGACGUAAUGGAGGACCACUGUGACGUCAUAGAGUCCCCAAGUGACCUGAACAACUCGUCCCCAAUCCACUGUCACAUGUACCACACGUUCAACAGGUACCCCUCCCAAGACGAGACCCUCCAUGAGUCUGACAGAGAGGGAGAGUUCGAGGUGAUAGCAGACCAGGACCCUUGUAACCUCCUCUCACUGAACACUUAUCAGAUACUGUCAGGAGAUCCUAUAGCACACAUGUCCUCUCUAGACCUAGCCCCCCUCAGUAUGUUCAGUGGAGACCCCCUGCGGAGUCCGGGAGUGUUGACGUGCGGGGGAGGGUUAGAUCAGGAGGGGGCUGUAGUCCUGUGGAGACGAGUCAGGGACAGUGAUAAAGCUAAGAGUAGGUGGCAGGCUGAGCCAGUUUCUCUUAAUGAUACUUAACAGUAGGGAGGUUUGUUUGUGUGGACGUUAUUUGUAUUGAGAUGUAUAGCAAGCGGCUUUUACUAAUUCGCUCGCAUUAAAAUUAUCACGUGACUUUGGUUUUCAUGGUUUUGCAGCCGAACAAAACGGUUUGAACUUUGACAUAAACCCUAAUAGUAAUCCGUCAUGGGGGGUAAGAAUUUCACAAUAAUUAUUUUAAUUGAGGCGAGCGAUUUAGUGGGAGCGAGUUAGUCAGUCAUAACAUUGAGCUACUAGUUGUUGUGUUGAGGUAAAGUGUGAUUUAUCAUAUUAAUGUACGAUUAUUAAUUAUUGAUUAUUUAAAAUUAAAUUUGAAUUAUACCAGUAUGAGAGAUGGUUUAGGAUUUUGCUUGAAAGUGAAAUAAAUGCGUUAUUCCUGCAUUGUAUAAAUGCAAUUGAUUAUUAUUUAUUAUCAACAAGUAUUAUACAAAUGAAUGUUGAACUGUUGAUACUAUAUGAAUUUAUUGCACAACGUUGGAAGUAACUUGCGUCUACUACUUUAUUUGCUAUUGAAGUGCAAUAAAUUGAUAAUGAUAUGUCCUAGCUGAAAAUAACAAUUUCAACAAUAAACGUCGUUUUCAAAUAUUACUACUUCGUUUAUUGUUACAUAUGAAUAGAUUCAGCAAGAAUUCGUUGAAUGUUUAAUUUGAUUGUGUAUAUCAUUAAAUUUUCGAUAAUUCAAUGUUUAG